GCGGGCCGGGGCUUGGGGCUUAUAUCUAGCUGCUUAACAAUUCCGUCAUCCAUGGCGGUAAAAAUGGUAUUUCAGAUCAUGAUUGUGCUAUUGUGUUCAAUUGAUGCAAUAUUAUUUGUACAAGCAGCGGGUUUAGCAAUUAAUAGUACUUCAUGUCAAGCAAUCUGUGGGGAUGUUAGCAUCCCGUACCCUUUUGGAAUAGGAGCUGGUUGCUACGUUGAUCACUGGUUUGAAGUAGUUUGCAAUGACUCUUUCAGCCCUCCCAAACCUUUCUUGAGUAGCUUCGGCCUGGAGGUGCUGAACAUUUCAUUAGGAGACGCUUAUAGAUCUUCACGAAGUACAGUUCGCGUCAAUUAUCCGACAUUUUCUACUCGUACUUAUAAUAGUUCAAGCAGAAAACAAAAUGUAGAGCUAGCAAACAGCUCUUUCAUCUUCUCCCAGGAAAAAAACAUAUUCGUCGCCAUGGGUUGCGAUAACUCUGCCUCAAUGGGAUCCUCGGAUGGUUCAAUUAUUGGGUGCAAGCAGUCAAGUUGUGAUUCGAGUAAAGUAGUGAUAAAUGGUAGUAGUUGCAAUGGCACUAACUGCUGCCAAACCACAAUUGCUUCAGAUCUCAAUGCGUUCGAGACAACAAUAGAUCCAAUUAGCGAUCCUGCAGUCACCAAACAAUGCAAUUCUGCAUUCUUGGUAGAAGAAGAGUGGUUCAGGGAAAGUUGUUCAUUAAUAAAUAUGUCCUCCAUUAUGUCGCACGUUCCUGUGGUGUUGGAAUGGUGGAUUCUUGAGACAUCAUUCAACACACUUCCAAUAGCCAAUAAGACCGCAGAAAAUACAAAAGCGUACUAUUGUGAUCACUAUCGUUAUAUUUCAGCGAGUACAAAGUACAAGCCCUCUGUUGCAUGUUUUUGCAAUUGGGGCUUUGAAGGAAAUCCCUAUCUUUUAUCUCUAUUUUUAUCUCUUUAA